CAAACUGGCCUAUAACCCAACUACUCGAGACCGGCGACUCUGCAAGUGGUUCUCUCCUCUGUCUGAUCCCUCUCGCCCGCCACCGGCCCCGAUCUCGGCGAUGCCGCCUCUCACGACCCCCAAGUCCGGCGACGCCCUCUUCGCCAGCGUCGAGCGCGUAAACGCCGAGCUCUUCACGCUCACGUACGGCGCCAUCGUGCGGCAGCUGCUCACGGAUCUCGAAGAGGUCGAGGAGGUCAACAAGCAGCUCGAUCAGAUGGGUUACAAUAUUGGAACUCGGUUGGUCGAUGAAUUCUUAGCCAAGUCAAAUGUAUCAAACUGUGCUGACUUCAAGGAGACUGCUGAUACUAUAGCAAAGCUUGGGUUCAAAAUGUUCCUGGGUGUGACUGCGACUGUAACCAAUUGGGAUGCUGAGGGUACAACUUGCAGCUUUGUAUUGGAGGACAACCCACUUGUAGAUUUUGUUGAACUUCCUGAUACUUGCCAAGGCCUUCAGUAUUGCAAUGUAUUGAGUGGAGUUAUCAGGGGAGCACUGGAAAUGGUUUCCAUGAAGACGGAGGUUACAUGGGUCCGCGACAUGCUUCGUGGGGACGACGCCUACGAGAUGCGGGUGAAGCUCACCAAGCAAGUCCCAGAGGAAUACCCCUACAAGGAUGAUGAUUAGUUUCAUCUCAAAGGGUAGCUCUUCCGCACGGUGGCGCUUGUUUGCUUGUCUGGAUAUCCGUUUUGCUUUCCCUGUGGGUGUAAUUCUGGUACAGCCGUCAUGUUUUACAUGAGGCACCUGUGCAUUGUAUUUUGCAGCUGCAAUGUGUACCGCAGAUGUAUUGUAGAGAUCUUAUAUGGCUUUCCUACUUUGGAACAGUGCCUGGAAAUGAAGUGCUUUUACUCUGAUUA